GUGAGGCUUCAUAAUUGCUUGGGCCUUGACUAACCACAAACCAGAAAGACUUUAAUUUCCCUUUUAACCCCACCACUUUGGAUUCACUUACAAAAAGUUUUCCAUGUUCACACCCUAUAACUAUAAGAUAUCACAUGGAUACAAGUAUAUGCAUAUAUAUAGUAGUUACCCAAGAGUUAUCUCCAAUUCCUAAAUUUGUUCUCUCACUCACUGUCCUCCACAAGCACGUUUUCUAAAAUCUGGGCACAUAAAAUAAAAUUAAAAGUUAAAAACCCCUCCCCAGAAGAAAAUCCAUCCAUCCAUCCAUCCAUCUAUCCUUCACAAUACAACACAAGAUGAUGAGGUCCUUAUUGAUUUUGGGGGCACUAGUUUUGUUUGGUGUUGCAAGAUGUGAUAUUGAGAAGGACAAGGAGAGAUGUGCAAACCAAUUGGUUGGGGCAGCCACAUGCCUUCCGUAUGUGAGUGGUGAAGCGAAUGCGCCCCCAAUGGAUUGUUGCACAGGAUUCAACGGGAUUGUGCGGGACAGCCCCGAGUGCAUAUGCUUGCUGGUCAAGGACAAGGACGACCCCAGCCUAGGUCUCAAGAUCAAUGUCACUCGUGCUCUCGGCCUACCCGUCAGGUGUCACGCGCCCACCAAUCUCACCGUCGGGGACUGCCCAGCUCUCCUCCAUCUGCCACCCAACUCACCAGAUGCUAAAGUUUUUCAGGAUAUUGCAAACGCUACAAAUAGCACUGCUGCUGCUGCACCUGCUAGAGCUGGUAACAACUUCCACAAAAUGGAUGGGUCCAUCACGGUUGCCAGCUGGGAGGACGGCAACAGCCCCAAGGUCACCGACAACGACUAAUAAUGAGUCGAGCAAUGGAGGACAUUUUGGUUUUGGGGCUCACUUCUUGCUGGCUAUGGCUGCAAUUCACAUCUUCUUCUGAUUCUUAGAUGCUUGCAUUUACUUCUAUUUUUGUUAAUGCUAUAUAUGUUUGGACCUAAGAUCUUAAUGGGGCGGAAAAAUUAAUCACUUACGCCAUAAAAUAUUAGGAUUUAACUUCUGAAUUUGAUAAAAGGAAAAGGUUUGUUUUUAACUAAAUAAGCUCAAGAGCCAAUCCUAGUAUAGGUAUAGCUAGGUUGUUUUCAUAUAAAUGUGAGUGCAUUUGUAAGCUGCAGCCAUGUGUGAUGAGACUAUUUAAAUUGCCUUUAUAUCCCUAUUGUUUUGUGAUUGAGAACAAGGAAAUGAGAAGAUUAAAUAAAAGUAUCA